AUAAGGCAUGGUCUCGCUCAUUCCCCCCACGUUCCCAUGCCCCACUUGUCUUUGUCCUUCCAUUGUACUUAACCCUAUUUCAACCCCUCCAUCCCUCUCUAAAACUCAGUGCCUGGAUAAAUUCAGAAUCUGAGUCAACACACCUCCCUAAAACACGCAUAAAAGUUAAGUCAGUGUGAUUAGAGAUGGAUGUACCUGGAAUGGAUGAUCUUUUAGACUUGUCUAAUGAUGACAUUUUCUCUUCCUCCACAGCAACCGCAGCUCAUUUAGACCUCCACUGUCACGCCUCCUCAACCGCUAUCGCUGCCACCGCCACCGGUUGCUUUGAUGCACCUACUGCUAACUACUACAAUUUCCCCGAUGUCUUCUGUGUUCAUAGCGAUGAAGUGGCUGAGCUAGAAUGGCUUUCGAACUAUAUGGACGAUUCAAUCACCGAUUGUCCGGCGAAUUCCAUUACCAGCGCCGCAGCAGCAUUUCAUGGUAGCUUUCGGCGAACAAAUAGCGCAGCUGCCGGCACCAACAGAUGGAGCUCUACAUUACCACCAAAUAACAAUGUAAAUCAGAGAGGGAGUUUGAUUAACAGCAGUAAAGAGAACGCUGAAAAGGGGCGUAGAUGCACGCACUGCUCAUCGGAAAAGACACCGCAGUGGAGGACUGGCCCGAUGGGCCCGAAGACGUUGUGCAAUGCCUGUGGCGUUCGGUACAAGUCGGGCCGUCUCGUGCCCGAAUAUCGGCCAGCUGCAAGCCCGACAUUUGUUCUCACUCAACACUCUAACUCUCACCGUAAAGUCCUGGAGCUCCGACGGCAGAAGGAGCUCCUUCAUCAACAGCAAUUUCAGUCUCAGAGAUGUAAUGACAUCACUUUCAGGACCGAUGACGUCAUGUGAAACAACAUGUUUCGGUAUUACACGGACUGAAAUUUCUAAGCAUCAUGCUACUUAUACAAUUUAUUUUACAACUUGAUUUACAAUGUAUGAGUCGAUAAACAUGCAUCACAUUCAAUUAUUUGAAAAACUGUUUUUAAAAUCAACGAUCUGAAUUUUUUCUACACACUUGUUGUUAAUCAAGUUGUGCAUAAAUAUUAUACGAGUACUUUAUUUUAAUU